AUGGGUGAUGCAAGGUUAACUUCUAUUCCUAUGCUUUCGUUGCCUAGACUUACUCAUGAUGAUAGGUAUCCGUUUGAUGAUCCUCAUAUUUAUUGGAGUGUGAUUGGUGGGUUACUUUAUCUUAUUCAUAUCACACCUGACAUUUCGUUUAGUGUUGGUCGUGUUGCUCAGUAUAUGCAUCAACCAUUUGGACUUCAUUGGGACCGGAUGCUGUAUUGGGAUGGAGAUCAGUUGGUUAAUGCUGCUGACACAGCUGCCGAGCCGUUCAGGAAGUCUUUUUUUUACGAUGGAACCCAGUUGCAAACCGGCCAGGGAAUCAAUGAGGGAACUAGUGAGCAAACCGAUGACGGAAUCAAUGCCGAAACCGACUUUGAAAGCGAUGAGGGAACCAGCGAGCAAACCAAUGAGGAAACCGACGAAGGAAACAAUGAGGAAACUGACAAGGAAACCAAUGCGGAAACCGACAAGGAAACCAACGAGGAAACCGGUGAGAGAACUAGCGAGGAGAUCGACAAGGAAACCGGAGAAGGAACCAGCGAGGAAACCGACGAGGGAACCAGCAAGGAAACCGACGAGGGAACCAGUGAGGAAACUGACGAGGCAACUGGCGAGGGAACUAAUGAGGGAGCCGACAAGGGAACCAAUCAGGAAACCGGUGAGGGAACAAGUGAGGAAACCUUGGAUGGAACCGGCAAAGAAACCGACGAGAGAACCAAUGAGGAAACCGCUAAGGGAACCGAUGAGAAAACGGUAAGAAAACCAAUGAGGAAACCAACAAGGAAACUUUCGGUGGAACGAAGGAAUAAAUGA